UUGUACAAACAAUGAUCUCACUGAUAAGAAAAAGACAAAAAAGAAUUGACCAAAACCAUGGUUUCAAAAACGCUAUUCUUCCUGCUGCUUCUCACGGUGGCAUUGGUCAUGUUUCUGACCGGAACUCUAGCCACGGCCGAAGAGGAAGGUUCCGAGACUUCUAGCUCAGCGAGAAAGCCUCUGGUGAAGAUUGUGAAAGGCAAAAAGUUAUGCGACAAAGGAUGGGAAUGUAAAGGAUGGUCCCAGUAUUGUUGCAACCAUACAAUCUCCGAUUUUUUUGAGACAUAUCAAUUCGAGAAUCUAUUUUCUAAGCGUAACAGCCCGGUGGCUCACGCCGUCGGGUUUUGGGAUUACCGAUCAUUCAUCACCGCCGCCGCUGAGUAUCAGCCUCUUGGCUUCGGUACCACCGGUGAGAAACUUCAACGCAUGAAGGAAGUCGCUGCGUUUCUUGGCCACGUUGGUAGCAAAACCUCAUGCGGUUACGGGGUUGCAACGGGCGGACCAUUAGCUUGGGGAUUGUGUUACAACAAGGAGAUGAGUCCUGAUCAGCUCUAUUGCGACGAUUACUACAAAUUGACGUACCCUUGUACCCCUGGAGUCUCGUACCACGGCCGAGGAGCAUUACCGGUUUACUGGAAUUACAAUUAUGGUCAAACCGGGGAGGCUUUGAAAGUGGACCUACUGAGUCACCCAGAGUAUCUGGAGAACAACGCCACGUUGGCGUUUCAGGCGGCGAUUUGGAGGUGGAUGACACCACCGAAGAAGCACUUGCCGUCAGCGCACGAUGUCUUCGUCGGGAAAUGGAAGCCGACGAAGAACGACACGGCGUCGAAACGAGCUCCCGGGUUCGGAGCCACCAUAAACGUUCUUUACGGCGAUCAAAUCUGCAACAGCGGAUUCGACAACGAUGAGAUGAACAACAUCGUUUCUCACUACUUGUAUUAUCUUGAUCUGAUAGGCGUUGGAAGAGAAGAAGCUGGUCCUCACGAGACUCUAUCGUGCGCCGAUCAAGAACCCUUCGUUUCUUCCUCCUCAUCUGCUCCUCCGAGCUCUGGCUCCUCUUCUUGAGUGAUGUUCUUAUGUAACAUGGUUCGGUUGAGUUUGGUGUAUAAUGUGUUUUUGACUUUUUCAUGGGCUUGGUUUUCGAUAUUUUGUAAAGAACAUACGUACGAUUUACAAUAUUUUCCACACGAAAAGGAUAAAACACAUUCCUAGUUCGGUCAAAAGAAGUGCAAUUUAUUUA